AUGGCUAGCAGAAAGAACGACUCUACCCUAUCAAACCUCAACAAAUUAGCUUCUCAUGAAGGAAGGAGGAGGAAUAGAACUGAAUUGAGGGAAGAUCAGAUUGCAGAGAUCAAAGAGGCUUUUGAGCUCUUCGAUGUAGAUAAAAUGGGUAAAAUUGAUUAUCAUGAAAUAAAGGUAGCCCUUAGGGCCUUGGGUUUCGAGGUUAACAAAUCGGAGGUGUUGGAAUUGAUGAAUGAAUACGACACCAGUAACUCGGGUUAUGUAGAUUAUAAAGGGUUCCAUGAUAUAGUGGCUAGGAAAAUAUUUGAUAGAGAUCCUAUGACAGAAAUAAAUCGUGCCUUUCAACUUUUUGACGAUGAUAAAACAGGAAAAAUCUCACUUAAAAAUCUUCGCCGUGUGUCUAGGGAACUAGGAGAAAAUCUAACCGAUAAUGAGCUCGAAGCCAUGAUAGAGGAAUUUGACAAGGAUAUGGACGGGGAAAUCUCUAAGGAGGAGUUUAUCAACAUCAUGAAACAAGCAGCUAUAUGCUAA